AUGAGUAAUUCAAGUGAUAAUCGAACGGCGGUCGACCGUCUACGAGCGUUAUUUAACAAUCCGAAUCCCGAACCCGCAUAUGAACCUAUCUCGAGCAGUUCUAGUAUUCACGAAGACGAUGUACGCAGACCAGUCCUCGUCUUACCAGAUCAAGUCGAAACUGAGCCCUUCUCAUGGUUCGAGUAUGGAAUCUUUAUGUUAAUCGGAGUGGCAAUGCUUUGGGCAUGGAACAUGUUUUUAGCAGCCGCGCCAUACUUUCAGAGCCGAUUCCAAGACAGUGAGAGCAUUCUUCAACAUUUCCAAUCUGCGAUUACAUCCGUUGGAACGGUUACGAAUCUUGGCUCGAUGCUACUCCUGAGUCAUCUACAAUCGAACGCCUCCUACCCAAAACGUAUCAUAGCCUCCCUCGUCCUCAAUACUAUUGUCUUUACGCUUCUUGCGAUAUCCACCUCAUACUUUCGCGAUGUUUCGUCGAGUGGCUAUCUAACUUUCACUUUGAUAAUGGUAUUCGCGACUUCCUGUGCAACGGGGCUUCUACAGAACGGGGCUUUCGCUUUCGCAUCAAGCUUCGGCCGACCAGAAUACAUACAGGCUAUUAUGACGGGGCAAGCAAUCGCCGGAGUCUUGCCAUCAGCUGCACAAAUUGCUACCGUUUUGGCUGUUCCGCCGCCCGACCAUUGGGCUGAUGUAAAUGCGGAGACUGCAGAUGUGAAGGAAAAUACAACUUCGGCAUUUCUUUAUUUUUUGACGGCCACAGUCAUAAGUGUUCUCACACUAGUCUUUGUCUACCCCUUACUUCGGAAGCAGAAUCGAAUCCUUGAGAGUCGCGCGGCGUCAUCGGCUAACAGUGACGAAGAGAUUGACGAAAAUGGUAAACACGAGGUUGUUGGUAUGGUUAGACUAUUUAAAAAGCUUUACUGGCUUGCAGGAGGUGUAUUCAUGUGUUUCACUGUUACAAUGUUCUUCCCGGUGUUCACAUCAAAAGUGGUUUCAGUAAGGCCUGCCGAUGGAGCUCCUCGAAUACUUCAACCCGAAGCUUUCAUCCCCCUCGGAUUUUUGGUUUGGAAUAUCGGCGAUCUUUGUGGCCGUCUGCUUCCACUUCUACCUUUUCAUACCAAGGCACGACCUAUUCCGCUUUUCGUAUUCUCUAUUCUUCGAAUUGGCUUCGUUCCUUUGUACCUUCUCUGUAACAUCGAAGGCAAGGGAGCGAAGGUCAAUAGCGAUGUAUUUUACCUUCUCGUUGUUCAGGCUGGAUUCGGGCUGAGUAAUGGCUGGCUCGGCAGUUCUUGCAUGAUGGCAGCUGCUGAGUAUGUUAACGAAGAGGAACGAGAAGCAAGUGGGUCCUUUAUGAUGACCAACUUGGUUGCUGGUUUAAUGGCUGGAUCUUUACUCAGCUUUGCUGUAGCCGGCAUUUCCUAA